AUGAGAAAGAAAGAUCUCUUGCUCAAGAAGAGAGACGAAGAGGAAAGAGAGAGGGAAAAACUGUUCUUCCAGCAGGAGAUGGCUGAGAACGCAAGAGAGGAGCUGAAGGCCCACUCUACAGAAGGAAACAGAACUCUGCCUCAAAUUAAAAGAAUCCGAAAUAUGAAUCAGUUGCUUGAUUUGGAAAACGAAGAGUUCUGUAGGAUGAAUGAAGACCUUAGGAACGAUUUACUUGAGAAAGAGAAGGAAGUCGACCUUCUGAAAGAAUCCCUCAACCUUAAAACUAAGGAAUUGGAGGAAGGUCACGACAAACGGGAAAUAAUGAAGAGAAUAUUGGAGGAAACUGAAGAGGAUAACUCUUCUCUCCAAGAAAAACUGAGGCUCGCUGAAAAAGAGAACGUAAGUAUCCAGCAGGAUGUCCUGAUUAUGCAGGACGAAAAUCAAAAGCUCCAGUCACUUCUCAGCCAAGCAGAAUCUGUGGCCAUCUUGACAAAUGAAAUCUUAAACGCUGAGAAAACAAGUCAUGAGUUACUAGGAGACGAGCUUCAAGUCAUGAAGAACUGGGUGGCUGAACUAGGCGGAGAAAACGCCAAUAUGAAAGGAGAAUUAAAAGAAAAGACACUGGACAUAAUGUUACUAGAGAAAUCAUUAGAAACUGAGAGACAAAAUAACAAUACUCUGCAGGAUGCUCUCCAUCGUCUGAAAGAAAUAGAGAACUUGCUGGAAGAAGCGAAGAAAAGAAAGAGGGAGAAAGAUGAGGAGGUCGAGAGGCUGCAGAAAGAUAAUGAAGUCUAUCGAGAGCAGGUACAUAAAAACAGCCUCUUAGUUAAGGAGAAGGAAGACGUAGAGAUUAAAAUGAAAAGGCAAUAUCAGGAGAACCUGAGGCAAAAGAACAGAGAAGCAGAGGAGCAGCAUAAACGGGAGAAUCAAAUCCAGGAAAAAAUGGAAAUCGUCCUCCGUCAAAAGCAGAGCCUGGAAUGCUUGCUGGAUUGUAAAGAAAAAGAUAUCAUCUCUUUGAAGAACAAGGAGAGUGAAGCCCAGCUGGAAGUGCAGCGACUUCUCAAGGACUGCGAUAUGCUGAAAGAAAAGAUUCAGCUACAGGAGCAGAAUAGAAUGAGAGAAGAAAAGCGUCUCAGGGAACAGCUAAGAACACAGGAGGAGGCUUUGAGGGAACAUGACAAAUACAUGCUGAUGAUGUUUCUACAUGGGACUGCUCAGAGGAAUUUCCAGCUAGAACACAUUGCGCUGGAACAUGGAGAUGAUAUUGGAAUUGAAGGGAAGCGAGAAAAGUGCACAGAAGGAACAUAG